AAUACUUAAAGUUUAGUUUGAUAGUUUACCUCCGCUACUGUAGAUCAUAGUCAGUGCGGCUCGUGAUUUCAACCCGCUAACAUCUCGAUCAUUUAAAUUCUUUUUUAUUAUUUUUUUUUUUUUUAUUAAUUUAUUUAUUAAUUAAUUAUUAGAAGAAAAUUUUUUUAAAUUUAAAUAAGUGAUUUUCGAAAAUUUUGCUACUUAAUUUUUUUAUAAUGCAGUCUAUUUACAACUACAGCAAUAUGCGAUACUACUUAUCAUUAUUUAUUGUCGUCCAUUUUUGCGCGAUCGCAAUAUACGCGAUUCCGAAUUACGCGGGGCUUCCCCCGGGACCCUACUGCGCUAGUCGGUUCAACAACGGCAAAUGUUGUCCCGGAAGACAUGACGAUUGCAGCGCGCCAAUUUUACAAACCACUUGUUACUGUGACGAAUUUUGUAACCGGACACGAGAGGAAGACUGCUGUCCCGAUUACUGGUCUCAUUGUCACGGGAUAACUUUGACGACACCGUCACCGGAUUUUGAAGAAUUUAGACGAUGUACCUUCAGGGGAAAAUAUUACAAUCAUGGACAGACGUUUAAAUUGAAUUGCAAUGUUUGUAAAUGUUCGUCAAUUGGACAACGUGCUGACGUACUUUGUGAAGAAAAUCGUUGUCUGAUAGAUCAAGAUUUACUGAGCUCACUAUAUUUGGAAUCAGAAAGAUUGGGAUGGACGGCAACAAAUUACUCUGACUUGUGGGGACGAACCCUCGACGAAGGUAUCAAACUUAAAUUGGGAACUCUUGACCCUGCGAAAUCGAUUCACAACAUGAAUCCCGUAAGGAGGAUCUACGACCCCGAGGCACUGCCCCGGGAGUUCGAUUCGCGGUCGCGGUGGCCUAGAGAUAUUUCUGGUGUCAAAGACCAAGGAUGGUGUGGGGCAUCUUGGGCCAUCUCCACAGCAGACGUUGCCUCAGACCGGUUCGCUCUGAUGAGCAAAGGCUCUGAAGACGUCGAUUUAAGUCCGCAGCACCUGAUUUCCUGUAACGUUCGCGGUCAGCUGGGAUGCAGCGGCGGUUACUUAGACCGCGCUUGGCACUUCGUACGCAAAUUCGGUCUCGUUGACGAGGAAUGUUACCCGUGGUCGGGAAAAAAUGACAAAUGUAAGUUACGUAGGAAGACAAAUUUAGAAAACGCUGGGUGUCGUGCUCCGAAAAAUCCAUUGAGGACAGAACUAUAUAAAGUUGGACCCGCUUAUAGACUUGGCAAUGAAACAGAUAUUAUGCAAGAAAUUUUAACAUCUGGUCCCGUACAAGCAACAAUGCGAGUGUACCAAGACUUCUUUACUUACCAAAGCGGAAUUUACAAGCAUUCAACCCUAACAGCAAAUUAUCCUAGCGGUUAUCAUUCCGUCAGAAUACUAGGAUGGGGCGAAGAACUCCAAGGAAAUUAUCAACCGACAAAAUACUGGCUGGUCGCGAACUCCUGGGGAAGAAAUUGGGGCGAGAACGGACUUUUCAAAAUCGUAAAAGGAACAAACGAGUGCGAAAUAGAAACUUAUGUCCUUGGAAUAUGGGCAAAAACAAUGUAGCCAAAGUUAAACUUAUUUAUACUUAAUAAAUAUUAAUAUUAAUAAUAUAUAUGUAUAAUAUAAAGUGUAAUGAAAGCAUUUAAUGAAUCUCUUGUUGUUCAAUUGGUCUACUAAAUUUAUUAUUAUUAUUAU